AUGCGGCGGAUCGCAUCACACUUGUCACAACGGACAUAUCGAGCGUUGUUUCCUCGAGGCGGAGGAUUUUACGCCCCGCCGUUCAACAUGUCGACUCGCUUCUACCGAGAAACGUCGCUGUUGCAGGCCCCAAAGACGGAGACUCCCGCGUACCAAUGCGGUGAGUGUGGAAAGACGUUUCGACUGCUUAACGCAUUGAAUCAUCACAUUAUGACAAAGCACGCGGGACACGCGAAGGCGAUGGUGCUAAAAGCAGGCAAACUGGAGGAGGUCAAGCCAGAGGAGGCAAAAAACAAGUCAUCACAUGCUACAGACGCCACUCAUGCAGCUUCGACAACAGCAACGGGAGCCACCAUGUCAGCCACACAAAUUCCAACGGGAUUUCCCGGCAUGACGUAUUCUCCUCUUGGAGGCACCGCGGCAUUUGGAUCACCUCUUGGUGUUGCGUCGAUGCCCCUGACAUCGACGGCGGCAGCAGGUGCUCCGACCAAUGCAGGGAAAAAUGCUUCCGGGACAGAAAGUUCCGUGGCCGAUGAGGAUGCCGACAAGAAACUUUUUGUUUGCACCAUUUGCCAGAAGACUUUUCGUUUAGAGGCUGCCCUGCAGCACCACUACCAAGCCAAACAUAACAUGGAAAUGCCGACGAAUUCUACAAGCGCUAGUAGUACUCGAGCGGCAUCUCAAAGCAGCACAAAUCUGGGGGCGGCAAAUGCCAUUUUUGGAGGUGCCACGGAUGACGCAGUAAAGUCUACUACCGGCGUUCACUAUGUUCAUAGCCAAGAAUCUGUUCUUCCACAGGCACCACAGUAUCACCUUGAUGUUGCACCUAACGCACCGGAAGAGGGAGAUGUGGCAGCUCACUGGCGCUGCGUAAACUACUGCGUUGUGCUGGGCCCUGUGCAGAACAUUCAGGAGGGCUACGUAUUUGAAGAGAAGGUUGUGCAAUUUACGUUAAUCACAGACUUUGAAGGUCCCUCUCCCGGAGAUCCUGAUAAGGACUUUCACACCGUAAGAAUUUUCGAUAAUUCCUUCUGUGAGCAGAUGAAAAAAGAACUAAAGGAGGGCGAUCGUUUUCUCGUAACUGGUCGCUUGCGCAUGAUACCACAGUAUGACAGUGCGAUGAAGAAGUAUUAUCACUACCCCGUCAUUCAGGUACACCCGGGAUGUGGGUCUGUUGUAAAGGUGUGA